CUUUCUUCACUCUUCCUACUUCACAUUCCACCCUCAACCGCCUGUCUCUCGUUUCACCUCCGUUUUCUGCCGCCGACUCACUCUCGCUUCAUCCAGAUUCGACCUUCGACCGUCUUUGCCGCCCGUUUCCAAUUUUCUCAUCAACAUCCAUCGCCCUUCUUCUUCUCCUGCUCUCCUUGGAAACGAUUUCUCUCUCUCGGCGCGACAAAGGUUGACCCUGCGGCCCUAUACAAUUGUAAUCCCUUUUCAUCGGCCUUUCCUCUCUCCUGGUUUCAUUUCCUGCUUUCCCCUGACACUGUCCGGCGAGACACAUCAACAACACAACCAAACCUCGCACACCAGCAUUCAAGAAGGAUCGCCGUCGAUUUCCCACCUCGCUGAGGUCGAUCGCCACCCGGCGAAAACCAAUUAUACAUCAUGAGAGUUCACAGCACAUACUCCGCGAUGCUUGCUCCAUUCCUCCUCUUAGCCUCAGCGCCGCUGGGCGCCCUGGCCGCCGACGUUUUGAAGACCAACGGCUACAGCUCUUGCCAGGAUGAAUCCGAUAUUAAAGUAAACAGGCUCGACCUCGAGUUCGACCGAUCGACCAAGAAGAUCAAGUUUGAUGUGUCUGGUUCAAGUGCAAAGUCACAGAAGGUCAUGGCAGUCCUUGUCGUGAAGGCUUACGGAAAGGAGGUUUACAAGAAUGAAUUCAAUCCUUGCGACGACGCCACCAAGAUGGAGCAACUCUGCCCAGUUCCUGCCGGAGAAUUCUCCGCCGCCGGCCAGCAGACCAUUCCUGAGACCUACAUCUCCCAGAUUCCUUCCAUCGCAUUCAACGUCCCAGAUCUUGACAGUCAGGCGACCAUGCAACUCAAGGCCAUCGAUGGAGGAGAGCAAUUGGCCUGUAUCACCUCGACCGUCAGCAACGGAAAGUCUGUCUCCGUGCCCGGUGUAUCGUAUGUUGCCGCCGGUAUGGCAGGAGCUGCCCUUGCCGUCUCUGGACUUUCCGCCCUCGCCAGUGCUGGCAAUGCCGGUUCCCCAACAGCCAGCCCGACUUUCUUUGAGGUGAUGACCUGGUUCCAGUCUAUGGCCAUGAACGGAAUGAUGAGUGUCGAGUAUCCCGGAGUCUACCAGAGUUUCUCCAAGAACUUUGCCUUCAGCACUGGCUUGAUCAAAUGGGAAGCCAUGCAGACAACCAUCGAUAAUUUCCGCGAGAAGACUGGAGGAAACUUGACCGACAACAGUGUCGCCUUCUUGAAGAAUGCUACCCUCGUUCAUCAGACCAGCAACAACUUGGCUCGGCGCGCAUUCAACGCCGCUGUCCUCUACGGGCGUGACAGCCUCGAGACUAGCGUCAAUGGAACCUCUGAACAAAAUGGACAAGAGGAGACCAAGGUCAUGCACACUGUCAAGGGUAUCCAGGCUUAUGCGGAGGAACUGAGUAUUCCUGACGGCAACACGUUCAUGACUGUUCUUCUCAUUUUCGCCAUUGUUGUCGCUUCCAUCACUGUCGCCAUCCUUCUCUUCAAAGUCAUCCUCGAAUCUUGGGCACUUUGCGGAAAGUUCCCCAAACGCCUUGUCAGCUUCCGUAAGAGGUACUGGUGGGUUCUUGCGAAGACCAUCACACAGUUGGUGCUUGUUCUUUACGGUAUCUGGACCUUGUAUUGCGUCUACCAGUUGAAGAACAACGACUCCUGGGCAGCCAAGAUCCUUGCCGGUGUUACCCUUGGUCUUUUCACUGCACUACUUGCCUUCUUCACCUGGAAAGUCUGGAGCAUUGCCCAUAAGUACAAGAAGCUCGAAGGUGACGCCUCUGCUCUCUAUGACAACAAGGAGGUUUGGAGGAAGUACAACAUCUUCUACGAGAACUACAAGAAGAGCUACUGGUGGGUUUUCGUGCCUCUCAUCAUCUACAUGUUCGCAAAGGGUUGCGUCAUUGCUGGUGCCGACGGCCAUGGUCUGGCGCAAGCGGCUGGUCAACUUAUUAUCGAGUCCAUCCUUCUGGUCGUUCUCCUUUGGUCGCGUCCGUUCUCCCUGAAGUCCGGUAACUGGAUCAACAUCAUCAUCCAGGUCGUUCGUGUCAUCUCCGUCGUUUGCAUCUUGGUCUUCGUCGAAGAGCUCGGUGUCGCACAGACUACAAAGACCGUGACUGGUAUGGUCUUGGUCGUUGUCCAGGCUGUCUUGACUGGUGUCUUGGCUAUUUUGAUUGCCGUCAACGCCAUCAUCAUUUGCUGCCGUGACAACCCACACCGUAAGAAGAGAAAGGAGGCUGAGAAAAUGCGUGACAUUGACAAUCUCACCCCACUCGACGCCCGCAACUCUCUCCUUAUGGAUCCCAUCGAAUACAAGCGCAACUCCGUUCCUGCUCCAUUCGGCAAUCGUGCUGCUGGUUACGACCCUGUUCCCCUCCAGGAGCAAAACACUGCAUAUGGCGGUGCCCGCCCCUAUAAUGGCGGCGAGCAUCUGCUCGGUGAUGCUGCUGGCAUGGGUGCCGGUGGCCUGGGCCAUACUCGCAGCAUUAGCGGAGAUAGGAGUCAAAGCCCUCCCGACUCAAGGGCGCCUCGGCUGCCUGACGUUGACUUCAAUGCACCUCCCGGUGCCUACAACCAAACCGGCUACGGCCAAGGAGGUUACGGUCAGGGAGGAUUCCGCUAGGGAUACUAAGCGCGUCGCAUCAUCGACAAGUAAAAGUAAUUCAGCAUUGUAAAUUUUUCUUAUUUCCAAGAUGGUUGGGAUAUUUGACCAACUGCUUUUGGGUUCUUGUACAUGG